CGAAUGUGAACGGAAGUGGAAUGCUAAAACGCGCGCGCGAUUUUCGUUGCCGGAUAGUUUUGCACUAGAAGAGAAACAGCCUCCACCAGCUUCCUAUGGGUUCCAUCUUUUGCCUUGUUCGACAAUUUGUAAUUACAUAUCGCGUUAUCGUCGCGAGCGUUUAAGAUUGUGCUUCGUGGGAAAACUAUUGUCGAAGACAAGCGGCGGAAAAGGGAGAGAUGAAAAUAGAAGUGUUGUGCCAAGAGGAAAAAUUUACGGAAGCAAUUUUUAUUAUCACUGGCUGAAAAGCCCAAUGGAAUCGAGCAGCACCCGUGUAUCAAGUUGUUUCUUGUGUGCACUUCUAGUGAGUUUUUUUUAGUGUUUUGCGAACUCGCAGGCACUUAGUUACGGAGAAUGCUGAAACAAGCACCCGUAUGUUGAGCGGAGAAAAGUUCAAUCGAUGUGUUAGUGUACAGUGAGCAUGCAGAGUGUGGGACGUGCAUAACUCGUGCACUUCACCUCCAGGCUAACGAGGUGCAUCUCGCUUCGCUUCUUUAUGCCUUAACCUGAUUUGCCCCAACAACACCGGAACAGAGUGGGCGAUAGUUACACAUGCCAGCCACCUAGCGUUUCCAAGUUUAAAUCAAUCGUCACAAAAUCAGCCAUCUGUGAUUCACGAUCACCAGGUUUAGUUUUUGGAAUUCACCAAUUGUAGAAGCGGUUUCUUUUCAACAAUUUGCAGAAAAACAAAAAUAUAUACGCGUAGGAUGAGGCGGGUGAUGUCAUAAAUUCAAAUUCAAAAAUUUGCUCAACUGCAUGGGGUGGUAAACAGAAGCAACAACAAGGUUCAGUUAAUUAACACCGAAGAAAACAGUGUUGUGUAAAACGAUCACCUCUAAUUGGAAGCAACGUCUCGUAACCAGUCUUCUUCUGCAAUGAUCGCAGUAUGGAAAUUAUGUUGUCAGUGCGUGCAAGGCAGAAGAAAAUAAGAGUAAUUGUUUUAAAAAAUGUACCCAGCCAAGGCAAAAGUCUAGAGUGAUUUAUGAACGUUUUUGGAUAGUUUCAUGUAUUGGUGUGCUUUUAUAGCUCUCCUCUUUGGUAUCGUUUUCGACACUUGAGCCUUUAGCUCCGGCAAAUAAAAUAUACAAGUUAAAUACGAUCCUUUGUGUGUAGUAGUUGUAAACAAGAAUUGAAUGUUUGUGUAUCCCAUAAAAUACGUGUAUAAAAAGUGGUUUACACCUUCGUGUAUCUGUGUGUGAAUGUAUCUAAUCCGAAUAAGUAAAAAACAAGAUCCAGAUCAAAGUGUGGAGUCAAAACAAACAAAGUCUGAAUAGAGUACACUGCCUUUAUCGAGCGCUGUUAAACCAAUUUAAGCGAUCGGAAACAGUCCCACCGAGAAACUCCCAGCACAAAACGGUGCAAAAUGGCUGCCACCUUUGUAAAGCCACAAUUUAUCACUGUCAUCGGUGUCAUGCUCAUAUCGUUAUUCAGCAGUUAAAUGAUUUAAGCAUCACAGAGAGACUCUCAUCGAAGGUUGCAGUUUCACAACAACAGAGCAGAGGCAGUAAAGCUCAAUUCGUUGCGUCGUUGGGAGAACACAACUUCCGGAGCCAUACACGUUUUAUUGCUAUUAGAAAUAAAACAAAAAAGUCACAAACGACGCUUGGACGUCAAAUAGCGGUGUGUUCACUGGAAGUGACAAGCAUAAACAAAACUGCGAACAGGCGGUCUGUGAGGAAAUAAAACACCACCGCAAAACCCGACCACGUUGCAUUGUCAGCCGGCUGAAAAUAUUAUUCGUCGUCAAGAGUUGCAAAAUACCCUGGCGUUGCUAAGCUAUGGACGAUGAAAUCCUGAAAACAGUGGAGUCCAUGCUCGGUACCAACAUCCAGGUAGUAGACUGUGAAAAAACUCAAACAAUCCGCGAAGAAGAAGUACUUCUCAUCAAUGGAGUGCCAGUCACGUUGGAAGGUUCCGAUGGCAAUGCCAUCAAGAAAGCGCUGAUCGCCGGUGAAAUCCCGUCCUGUGAAAUGCUUAAUCAGUUACUAUUCCGCGCCGGAGUUUUACGGCAGCCUGUGCAGCUAGAAACUUCUCUGAGCGUAAAAACUAGUACCGUUACCACCGAAGACAUAACCAUAGCACAGAAUGGUCGAAUAUUGGACGAGCGAUCCUGCGAGACUAAGGAAAAUAACUACUAUACCAGCACCUCCAGCGAAAUAUGGGAACCGGUUAGUCGGCUCAAAAAGAAGAAGCCAGAAAUCAUCAACACCAGCACAGUUGAUGACAUGCUUUCAAACCAGCUUAAAAACGAACUGUACUUAGUAGCAAACGAAAACGUUCCAUGCCACCCAACACGCCAAAACUCUAUUUGUACUGAAUCUUCCACGUCUUCAUCAACGGAGUCUAAUUAUUCAUCGUCCCGACCAGUCAGCAAUGUUUCGAAUGCAUCGUACGACAACUUCGUUUGCCAGAUCACUUCUGCACACCCAAGGCCGAAAGAGCUGAGCAAAUCAUCUACCAAAAUUUCACCAAAUAAGCAAAGUAUUAGCUGUGAUUCCGGGAACGACGAGGUUACGCUCACGUCGGUCUACAGUAGUGGCAUUGGAGGGCAUGAGUAUUAUCCCUUCAACGAUAUCUCCAAAACCAACACCACCAACUCGAUUCAAACCGACUCGUCCUUCGGGUGUGAAUUUUCGCCACCUACUUCAUUCCACGACGAACCCGACUUUGCCGUCAUCCCAAAGAAUGGUGGUAUGACGUCUCCAGUUCCACAAAAACGGCGCAACCGCACGCUGCUGCGAAACAGACCUCAAAGGCAUUUGCAGAAAAAUAAUGACGCCAGUGCGAACAGUACCGAUGAUCCCAGCCUCAAUGACGACAAUUGUCUGGUCUACCGAGAUGGAAAUCUGAUUUCCGGCACGCUGGAAACACUCAUCAAGCAUAUGGUACCAACGGAUGAGUACUAUCCGGACCAAUCAUACCUUUUUGCAUUCUUGCUCAGCGCACGACUAUUCAUUAAACCGCACGAGCUUCUGCAACAAGCAUGUGAUAUCUGCCAUCAGCAGCAGCAGCUGAACAUUCAUCUCAACAACAAUAAUAACAGUAUUGCUAAUCAGCAAAAAUCUCAAAGUCAAAGUCGGUUCGCUUGUAACUUUGUCCAGCUAUUAUCCGAGUGGAUAGAAACAUUCCCUUAUGAUUUCCGUGAUGAGCGGGUAAUGCAACACGUACGCACAAUGACACAAAAAUGCAUCAAUAUUGAUGGAAAGCUUCGAACAAGGGUUUCCACGUUACUACAGAAUCUCCUUCAAAGGCUCAAAACGUUAGAGAAAUACGAAGAAUUUCUCGAUAAACUCAACCUCGAAACUAGCAAGGAAUGUGAUUUGAAACACGGUAAUCAACAACGAAGCGAUUCCCGCAGUAGCAGCAACAGUUAUCAUCAAUCUACGGAGAAAUCAUCCUCUUCGAUACAUCAUCAAACAUCGUCGUCCACAUCAUCAGUCAACAGUAUUUCUUCGAUUAGUUCGACACUUUCGACGCCGGACAUCACAGAUCUAUGCCCUAGUCCAACAGUAUUAGCACACCAAUUGACUCAUAUUGAGCUCGAACGGUUGUCCUACAUCGGGCCGGAAGAAUUUGUACAAGCAUUUGCCAAAGAGAACCCAAAUGUAGAUACGUCAAUCAAGGACAUGAAGAAGACACGUAAUCUGGAAUCGUAUGUGCAGUGGUUCAAUCGACUGUCGUAUAUUGUGGCCACUGAGAUUUGUAAACAUUCUAAGAAAAAGCAGCGAGCCAGAGUAAUCGAGUAUUGGAUCGAAACAGCCCGUGAGUCGUUCAACAUUGGAAACUUCAACACGUUGAUGGCUGUCAUUGCUGGGCUCAAUUUGUACCCUAUUUCGCGGUUGAAGAAAACGUGGGCUAAGAUUCAAUCGGCCAAAUUCUCCAUUCUUGAGCAUCAAAUGGACCCGACGAGUAACUUUAGCAGUUAUCGAUCAACGCUCAAGGCGGCCAUGUGGCGCUCGGAAGGCGCUACCGACGACCGGCAGCGAAUCGUCAUCCCCUUCUUCAGUCUACUAGUCAAGGAUUUAUAUUUCCUAAAUGAAGGAUGUACAAAUAAACUACCAAAUGGCCAUAUCAAUUUUGAAAAGUUCUGGCAACUUGCCAAACAGGUCAACGAGUUCAUCGGUUGGAAGCAGGUCAACUGUCCUUACGAAAAAAACAGCAAGAUCAUCAUGUUCCUACAGACCAACAGUAUUUUAAAUGAAAACACAUUGGCAAUGGCAUCGUUUGAUUGUGAACCACCGGAAAAUAGCAGCGAGAAGGACCGCUACAAAACGUUGAAGCACGAACACUUCAACAACUAAUUUUAACGAAAUUCAAUUGUUUCGCUACAAAACAACACCUUCAGUUUCACGCAAUCUUUACACUCUACUGAUGCAAAACUGUAGAUUUCUACAAAACAAAAACAAAAACAGAUCUAAUAACACAAAAACACCCUACAUUCAAAUACACAAAGAGAGGAAAUCUCAUAUUUGACACUGCAUUUAUUGAUAAAAGAUUUUUAGAUACUUUAUACAAUAUGAGGAAUCUGUUUUUUUUUAGAAAUAAGUAUCCUCCUAGAUAGCCAUGUUCCCGACGCAUGCGAUAACGCUGCGACAUAAUGAAAGCUAAUGGAAGAAUAUUGAAUCAGUAAUUAAGUGUGGUACGGGGUAACGUACGUAGCUCUACAAAAAAAAACUCUAUAAGAUAAUCACUUUUUGUUUCGAUUCACCCAGUGAAAUUGUAGGAAACUUUCAAACGUAUUUCAGAAAUAUGAAGAAAGGCUGAAAGGACUUCAUGUUGCAGCAAAUCAUUGUGAUUAGUUUUAUUUGUUUACCAUCGCGCGCUAGGCACUUAAGUAUUUAUUUCGUUGUUGUUUUUUUUUAAUAAUUUCAAAGAUUUUAUUUCACUUUGUUUUAUUUUUCUUCUAGUACGUUUGAUUUAUUUAUAAAUGUAAGUAUGUCUCGUCAAUGUUCAUUGUAUAGGUUUAGUUCUAGGUUGAGGAGUAUUCAUUUAUUAGAUCCAACUAAGUCACAUCAGUCUCUUGCAUUGCACGCUAGAGACAUACACAAGUAUGACAUAAAUAUGAACAACAGAAGAAGGCUGUCUUGAUCAAAUUGAAUGAUUUGAGCUGAAAGUAGAGAGUGGAAUAUUGAAAUUAAAAAUUUCUACUUUUUCAGAAACCUAGUAAAGUUUUUCAUUUGAUCAAAUAUAAUUGCACAAAUAUAAAUUGUUAAAAUUGCGUUAUUUUCACACAAAGAUUUCUCAUUAACUAUCAAAAUCAAAGAUACGGUACCAUUUUAUGAACAAUUUCACUCAUUCAACUGCUAUACAUUGAAAUAAUCUAUACAAUUAGAAAGUGAUUAUGGAUAGUCAAAAUUAAAACGUAGGGCUGAGUGAUAUUAUCGCCAGUAUUUCCUUUCAAGUAUGAUGCUCACUUGCCGCAACACUCGAACUCGUAAAAACAAACAUCAAAAUAAUCACUAACGAUAAAAAAGUGAACAAUUAUUUGUAGAUGAUCUUACAGCCACUGUAUUUUACGCAUACUGCUCUUACAUCAUAUAUAACGGAUAUUGAUUACAAAAUACAUAUACUCUAAAACAAAAGUAUGCAAGUAUCAUGAAUAAAAAGUAUUGAAUACGCAUCUGACUCCGA